GGAGUUGCUAUUUUUCUUUCAACAAAACAAGAGGACCGAUUUCAGCUCAAUGACAAACUCGAAGUAGCAAUUUUCAGCAGAAGAAAAGGGGGAAAAAAAAAAAAAAACCCUAAACCCCGACGAGUUACUUCGGUCAUCUUCCCCACCAUCAGUCAAAGAUCGAGCAAUGGCACGGAGGAAGCCGAUGAUAGCCCGAAGCUCGCCGGCUAAAGAGCGGAAGCCAGAGAAAAAGCCGAGCAAUGCCGAACGGUCGGCUUACUUCGCCCGCAGAGAAGCCGCCAAGGUGCUACGCAGCACGCUCCUGGGCGAUGCUCGACGCCGAGCCGUUGGCUCAAUCAAGUCGCUCGUCUACAGCCCCUCCGUCCGGAAUAAAAAGGCUACCUUUGCCCUGGUUUGCCAAACACUCAAGCAUCUAUCGGUUAUUAAGGAUGUUUUGGAGGAGGCAAAUGUUCUAAGUGGCAAGUGGAAGAAGCAGAUGGAAUUAAUGUGUAUCAUCACGUAUGAUCUACUAUUUGGCCAGGAAGCUUCAUUAACUGGUGAUGCUGAAAAGUAUCUUAUGCUAAAGGAAAAUGCAUUGCGAUCAGCUCUAUCGCGAAUUUUAGGUCGCAAGGGAGUGAAAAAUGUCGGAGACUUGGUCGCUCAUAAUAAAUUUUCUGAAUCACAAAAACCUCGUUACGUUCGUGUAAAUACUCUCAAGAUAGACAUGGAAAAUGCAAUACGUGAACUACAACAGGAAUAUGAGGUCCAUAAGGAUGACAUGGUGCCAGAUUUAUUACUCCUCCCACCAGGUGCUGAUUUACACAAGCAUCCUCUGGUCAUGAAUGGAAGUAUUUUCUUGCAGGGAAAAGCAAGCUCUAUGGCUGCUGUAGCUCUUUCACCUAAACCUGGAUGGGAGGUCAUUGACGCUUGUGCAGCACCUGGAAACAAAACUGUCCACCUUGCUUCUCUCAUGAAAGGAGAGGGAAAAAUUGUAGCUUGUGAGCUCAACAAGGAAAGGGUUAAACGCCUGAAAUAUAAUGUCGAACUUGCUGGGGCCACAAAUGUUGUAGUUAGGCAUGAAGACUUCUUAAAUCUUGAACCCACGGAUCCAUCAUAUUCAAAGGUCCGGGCUAUACUUUUAGAUCCAUCAUGUUCCGGGUCAGGGACAGCCUUUGACAGAUUAGAUCACUUGCUUCCAUCCCAUAAUGCAGAAAACACGGGUCAUGCUGACGAGAUGCGCCUCCAGAAACUUGCUGGCUUUCAGAAGAAGGUUCUAGAACAUGCGUUAUCCUUUCCAGGAGUCGAGAGAAUCGUGUACAGCACGUGCUCGAUUCAUCAAACCGAAAAUGAAGAUGUUGUUAAAUCCGUUUUGGAACUUGCUUCUUCUCGCGGUUUCCAAUUGGAAACGCCUUUUCCCCAGUGGCCUCGCCGAGGUCUCCCAAUUUUUGAUGGGUAUCUAACAGCAGACAAAGAAGGUUUCUUCAUAGCUCUCUUUGUUCGGAAAUGCUGUCCUCAGCCAUCAGACAAUGACCAAGAAAGUGUUGAAAACCCUGCAAAGCUGUGUCGUUGUAGAAAGCAUUUAAACAUUUUUGUGGCCAAAAUGCUUAAAAUAUACCCGCACACGCAUUUCAAGCACCACUCGAGAAAGCGAUAGCAGAGGAUCUACUUUAUUGCGGUGUAAUAACUGCUGUUCCCUGUGUCACUUUUGACAACCAUAGAAGAAUUCAAAAUUGAACCUUUUAUUCUUUUUUCCAAAAUUCAAUAUUUUUGCUUUAAGUCUGGCUUUGAUUAUUAUUUGCAAGAUUAAUUAUGAUUUAUGAGAAGAUUUGUACUUUGUAAUGAGAAGAUGAUAAAAUUGGCAUCUGAUACAAGUAUACAACCAAUAUUAUAUCAUUCAACUCAAGAUAACACAGUGCAGAUAACUCAAACCAACAUCAUUCACCCACUCGACUCCAAACCUUAAAAUCUAACACAAGCACACACACACAAGACAAAAAAAGUAAAACACACACACACACACACACGCACACACACUGGACUCUAGUAGAUGUGCAGAUAGAUAGUAGUACAUAUAAACUUCGAAAAUUCUAGC